AACAGCAAAAACACGAUGAAGAACCCUAAUUUAUCCUUCCCUGUCGUCUUUCUCUCGAUCGUACUGGCCGUGGUAUUGGCACCGAGUACGGUGUCGUCAAGCAUCGUGCUUGACACCGUGGGCAGACCGGUUCGACCCGGUGUCCCUUAUUACAUCCUACCAGCGGAAGACGGGACAGGAGCAGGCGGUCUUGUUCCGGCGACAGCGUAUUACCAACGAGACGCGUGUCCGCCCGCAGUUGUCCAGUCUCAGUUGCCGUACGUACUAGGGGUUCCCGUUACUUUCGCCCCGGUGAACUCCGAAGCCGGAUUUGUACCGACAUCAUCCGAUCUCACCGUCGAAUUCGACUCCGACGUAUGGAUUUGCCCCGAGUCCAAGGUGUGGAAAACCGAUUACGCCCAGUUGCUAAGGACGAGCUACGUAAGCGCAGGCGGUGACAAAUCCGACGGGGACAGUUGGUUCAAGAUCGAGCAAGACGGAGAUGAUUAUAAGAUCUUCCACUCUCUGAGCUCCAGCUACGUUAGCAUCUCCAAUCCUGACCGGGGCGUUCGUGGCGUUCUUGUCGGCCCAAGCGGGAGGCUGCCAUUUCUGGUCAAGUUCAAGAGGGCUUACGAGACAACAAACGAACUCUUAAAGAACACUAUGUGAAGGAUGUUUCCUAAUUUAGCAAAGUGUAAUUUGCCAAGAUUAUUGAAUAAUAUGUUGAAACAAUACCAUCAUUGUUACCGGAUAGAUUUAGUAAACUU